CAGACAAAUCUCGCGAUAUCUCUCCCUAGCAACUCAAUUGUUGUCCUUAGAUACCGUAGUCUCGCAAGCUAAAAGCACACCAAACAUCGAAAAGAUUGCCAUUCACAUGCAGUCACCUGAUGAAAGCCAGGUCUGGGGCCCUAGCCAGUCCCUAUGGAGCCUGAUUGCCGAACAUGUUUCUGAGUCAGAGCUGCCAAAGAUCUACACCGCACUGGGCCAUUCCUUGGUAGAUGUGUACACGGACAUGCACACUGAGGCAGAGAUGUGGCACAAGAUGUGGCAGGAGAACCAGCGAAGUGGAAAGCACGGCGGUGGGGAGGGGACCCCGCUCCCACGUCUGCAGGGUGCCCCUCUAGCUGACCCCCCUGCUGUGAAAGAGCUUUUGAGAGCUGAGGUCAAGAUGUUACUACAGACUCUCAGAGAGAAAGCCAGCAGGGCAGGAAGCGAUGUUGAGGAGCUCCUGCAUCGGUACAAACCUGAGACUCUAAACUACACCCUCGGCCACCGAGACAGAUGUUACACUAACUGCACCAACCCUGAAGAUACUGACAGUGGAAGCAGGCCAGACUCCCGCUGUUCAGUCCAGUCCAGAGCUGAAGAUGAGAUCGAAGCAGUGAGAGGAAAGCUUAAUGUCACCGAGAUAGACCAAGUGGUUGAUCGACUCAGAGCUCUCCUAAUAGGGGAAUGUGAAGAACUGACCAGACUGGUGAAGCAUUUAAAGGCAAACAUUAAACAAAAGUGUCACAGCGGACUUCAUAAAUCUGAACCUUCACUUGCAGACCUGAGAGAACUUAGAGGAGCUAUACAAGUGGAUUUGGAGCUCAGCCCCUUUCUGUUCUCACCUUCGUCCCCUUUGCCUGCAGAGAAAGGUUUCAGACUGACAGCAGCACAAAGCCCAGAGAGUCUGAAAACUUUAUCUCCUCCAUCUGUCCUAAGACCGCAUCCACCUCCUCCUCUGUCCCCUCCUAUACCCAGGCCUCCAGCUAGACCCCGUCUCUCUAAGAUGUCAACAUCCAGGACUCGCGGUCAGCAUAGAGUCACAUCAGCUUUUAAUAAGUCAAGCAAAACACCUACCUGCAGCACUGCUGACACAUCUGGGCAUACACAUGGCCUCCUCACCACUGACCACAUAAUGAGAAGUAAUAACCAGUGCGGUUUUUGUCCAGAACAAGACAGUGCUGGUCUUUCCUGCUGGGCCCUGGAUUCUACUGCUUAUUUUGAAGUAAAAUCUGAGAGAAACUCACCCCUCCACAAAACCCAUUUAUCAGUAAACUGCAGGAUUCACAGCCAAAGCACAGAGUGUGAAUGGUCACCGCAGAGGGAGAGAAAGAGCAGCCCUGCAUGCAGGCCAAAAAACAUCAAUAUCACCCCGUCACCUGUUCCUGCUCCCAGCGGUCUCUGUAAUGCAGGCAGCAAAAGUACUGACCAAUCUGUGGCAGCGAAAUGGAAAUCAGGUAUUCAAAACAGGCAGCAGGAUAGUAGCUGUGAAGGCAGUUUAGAAUCAGCAAGAGCACAGUUAUAUGCUGAUAGCAGGAGGAAGAUGUCUGAGAAUUCAGUCAUGUCUGAAACUUGGAGAACUCCUGUACAGACAUGCAGAAGGAAGAGCAACGGUGAGACUUCUAGAAAUUUAAGUGGUCCCUUCAGGAAUGAUGGCAAAGAGCAACAAAACCUGGGGGGCCAGCGUGCAACACUUUGCCCCUCUUGUCCUUCAACACCAUGCAGUCAGCGACCACCAGCAAAGAUUAAUGAACAUUUUUUCACCUCUUCAAAAAAACCACAAGGGGGAAGCACAAGUCAGCCAAAAGAACCAGCAGAGCCCCAGUUUCUCCAGAGGUUUCAUCAGCCAGUGCCUCCUACGAGAGUACCAACUUAGAGACGACUACUACCUGAGGGGAAUGGUGUGUCACAAGGAAAAAUAAAGUUAGCUUGUAGUUCUGAUGGA